CAACUUUCCCAAGUCUGUGCAUGAGAGGGAGAGGAAGGAAACAGAAGUCGCUUGGCCUCAACAAGCUGUUCUGAUCCAAAGCCUUUUUCCUCUGAACCGGCUGAGAACUUUGCUCUACGAGGAGAGCCCCGGACUCAGAGAGAACGCCGCCUGCCCUUGGAGGCCGGAUGCUAAGCAGCCACAGCUGCUCUGAAGCCCCUCCAUGAAUCCCCGGAAGAAGGUGGACCUGAAGCUCAUCAUCAUCGGAGCCCUGGGUGUAGGAAAGACUUCCCUCCUCCACCAAUAUGUGCACAAGACAUUUUACGAGGACUACCAGACCACACUGGGGGCCAGCAUCCUCUCCAAGAUUAUCAUCCUGGACAACACAACUUUGAAGCUACAGAUCUGGGACACGGGCGGACAGGAGCGGUUUCGCUCCAUGGUGUCCACAUUCUACAAAGGCUCCGAUGGCUGCAUCCUGGCUUUCGAUGUCACCGACCUAGAGUCCUUUGAAGCGCUGGAUACCUGGCGGGGUGAUGUUCUGGCCAAAACUAUUCCAAUGGAGCCAUCCUACCCCAUGGUGGUGCUGGGAAACAAGAUCGAUCUCGCAGACCGGCAGGUGCCCCCGGAGGUAGCCCAAGGCUGGUGUAAAGAGAAGGAUAUUCCCUACUUUGAAGUCAGUGCCAAGAAUGACAUCAACGUGGUACAAGCCUUCGAGAUGCUGGCCAGUCGGGCUCUGUCCAGGUACCGAAGCAUCUUAGAGAAUUACCUCACAGACUCCAUCAAGCUCUCAUCAGAAGACCAGUCCAGGAGUAGAUGUUGCUGAUCAUCGAGACUCCCGCCCUGGUGCUCAGCGAAGCCUGCCUGGGGCCUGGGCAUCCCGGCCCCCACCAGCCCCCCACCUGCCCAAGCCCAGCCCCAGCAGCCUGGGCUCUGCAGCCAGAGCCCUCCACCCCCUCGAGUCUGUACUGGGUCCAGAUCAGAGUGCAGCCCCUGCCUCGGGCUGAGUGUAGUGAGGACAUGGCUGGGCCCUCAGGGGCCCCAAUGGAACCCAGAAUGUCACAGCCAAAUCUUGGCCCCGGAGGAGGCACAGUUCCCUCACUGGCUCCAGCCUUCCUGCCACCCGCCCUCCCCGAACACACCCCUGCUCCAGAACGCACAUCUCUGCAGACGGCCAGGCCACUGUCUCCGGAGUCCUGUUCUACUCUCCUGUGAACGGGCCUUCCUUGCCCCCGCCACCACACACCCGCAAACCACAGCACAGCUUUGCAACAGGGCCCGGCUCAGGCUCCCUUGGUCACCAGGGCCAGAAGGUGAGGGCCUGGACCUCACGUGGAGGCCUGCCUCAACCCUUGGCGGCCACGGUUCAGGCCUGGAACGUCGUUCAGUCCCCUCCAAGGUAUGGGACUGAGAGAGCCCAGGAAAAGCCACCAAGGGCUGGCUCAUUCCUCUCUGCUGAAUGCUCAGACGACUCCUAUAAAUCUCUCUGAGCCUUGGCUUGCUCGUCGGUCAAAUGAGGGUGGUAUGUGCCCACCUCAGAAUACAUGAUUUUGAGGACCAGAAGCUCUGCUUCAAUCUCAGUUGCUGUCUUUGAUACGCAUUUAUUUAUUCCUUCAACAAGUGUUGUUGAGUGUCUACUAUGUACAAUGCACGGAGGUCUCGUGACAAAUGAAAUCAACAAGGACCCUGCUCUCCAGGACCCCACAUUCUGAUAAGGGAGAGAAGCCGUAGACACAGAAUUGAAACAGAUAUUCUCAAAUAGUAGAUAAGCGUUUGAACAAAGCAAACAAGGAAAUGGGAUAGAAAGGGACAGGAACUGGGGUUGGUGCUGUUUCAGACAAAAUGGUCCAGGAGGGCUUCCCUGAGGAGGUGUCAGUUGGCCCAAGGACUAGAGAAUGAACAGACUACACUAGAGAUCUAGACAAAGAGCAUUCCAGGGAGAGGAGGCAGCAAGAGCCAAUGCCCUGAGGUGAGGACAAGCUUGCUGUGUUCCUGGAACAGUGAAAGGACAUUUACACGAAUACUCAAAGCUGCUGCAAAGGGGACCCCGCCCCCCCAGCUGCUCCCUGAGCCUCUGCUGACUGGCCACCAGAGGGCAGCAGUGCUCCUUCCCUUGCAGGCUGAGUGGCCAGCUGCGGAGGCGUCACACUUGAAGGGGGGGUGCUUUUCUCUCUGUUCUGAUCCUCAAAACUGGUCCUCAGGCUGUGGGCAUGUUUAACCCUGUGAGAUCUGUGGGGUAGGAGAAUCCCAAUUUCUUACGCCUAGCAAGAAAUGGGCAAAAACUGAAACAUGAAUGAUUCAGGCAAGAAAUCCACAUCAGUGACAAAUACUAGAAUGAGGGGCCAGGAAAAUUCAUAGACUCCCUGUCCCUGCAGACUCUUUGGGCAACAGACAGCAUAGACAGGGCCCAGCCUGAAGGGGGUGGACAAGAUGACCGCUCAGAGGUUCCCAGGCCACAUCAAUGCCCGCCAUGGAAGUCUCCUGUCUCCACAGAAGUAUUCUGCCCUGAGUUCCCAGCAGAGCUGGGAUGUUAGCAUAGGACUCCUGAUGUCAUCUGACUCUGAAGAUACCCCCGGAGGUGGGGAAUCCUGGGGGGGAGGGGUCAGCAGGAGAGUCUGGGGAGCCUCGUCUCCCCACCCAGGUGUGGAGUAAGGACUGGCUCUGGGAGCAAAGCACCAUCUCUGUGUCCUUCACGGGGGUGGCAUUCUGCAUGCCACACAGGCUCUGCUCGGAGUCCGUCCGACUGCAGAUUGCAGGUAUGGUGUGCAGGUGUGCAUACACAACAGCUCAUGGCCCUCAGUGGACACAUGACCUGUUUCUAAACGUGCACCACAAACAAUAAAGGUGUCCUU